ACCGCUCUUUCCGUUUUGAGGGAGGGAAAGAUGAAACGAGGAGGCGUAAAAUUUUAGAAAAAAAUCUGGAAGAGAGAUAGAUGGCUUCUUCGAUUUGAGAUCAAGAAAAGGAGAAUAGCUUGCGGCCGUGGAUUCCACACACACUCUCGCUAUCUCCUAUUUCCCAUCUAUCUCCCCCAUCGUUGCCUUUUGAUGCGAUCCCUCUUGGAUCGGAAACCUAUGGUUUCUUUUCCCUCUUUGGUCGUUUCAAUCGGUUGCGAUAGAACCCUCCGGAUUCUGUGAGAUGUGAAGAAUUCGUCUGUUGGAAUUGGGGAUUUUGUGUUCGUGGGUUGGGAUUUGAGAUUGAAUUGGGGGAAAUUGGGGAAUUUGAGGAAUGUAUAUUGAGGAAUUGACCGAGGGUGAUUCGGGAGGAGGUGGAGGAGGAGAAGGAGGAGGACGAGGACGAGGAGGGGAAGGUGAAUCAUCGAUUGCUGGGGUUAAUGACAGGAAGGUUGAGUUAUUGGAUGCGAAGAGGGCGGUGGUUGGGGUUGGGGCUCGGGUUCUCUUCUACCCGACUCUUUUGUAUAAUGUUCUUCGCAAUAAAAUCCAGUCCGAGUUUCGUUGGUGGGAUGAGGUCGAUCAGUUUUUACUGCUAGGUGCUGUUCCAUUCCCUAGUGAUGUUCCUCGCCUGAAGCAACUUGGUGUUUGUGGAGUUGUCACGUUAAAUGAACCAUAUGAGACCCUGGUCCCUACAUCACUAUAUCUUGAUCAUGGGAUUGAACAUUUGGUGAUACCUACAAGAGAUUACCUCUUUGCCCCAUUGAUUGGAGAUAUUUGUCGAGCUGUAGAUUUCAUCCAUGAGAAUGCAUCCAGUGGGAAGACUACAUAUGUUCACUGUAAAGCAGGUCGAGGCCGCAGCACAACCAUUGUUCUCUGUUACCUGGUGCAACAUAGGCAUAUGACACCUAGGGCAGCAUAUCAAUAUGUCAGAUUAAGCAGGCCAAGAGUUCUUUUAGCUUCUUCACAGUGGCAGGCUGUCCAAGAGUACUACCGGCUAAAGGUGAAGAACUCUGGAAGAUCUAGCUGUCUGGACAGUCCAAUUGUAAAGUCACCAGCACUGGUCACCACUCGAAACCUGGUGGCUUUCGAGGACAGCUCCUUUGUGGUAGUAUCAGAAUCUGACCUUGAUGGGUAUGAUGGGGAUGUUGGACCAAGCAAUGUAGGCAGUAGCAUAUGGGCAGAGCUGAGCCUAGCAUACAGGGUGCAGUUUGCUAGCCAAGCAGCUAUUGCAAGGCUCUCAUGUUUCUGGCUUGGGUGUGAAGCUAAUCAGGAGAUACUGUUGACUGAUAAGGUUGGGAGGGAGAGCUGCUCUUUGGAGGCCGAUCAGCUGGGAAGUGGACAUCCCUGUUUAUUGCAAGGAAUGGUGGUGAAAUUGUAAUUAUGUUGUUAUCAAUCUUUUUGGUUUUCCUUCAUGUAUCCGAAUCUUCAGUCCCUUUUGGCAUGUUUUAGCAUAGCUGGGAAAGCAAAAGGACUCAGGUCGGGGUUGCAUGCAUGAGUACAACUUGUAUGUAUGUGAAAUAAAUUGUACAACAUUAUGUAAUGAGAUAACGAAUGACAUCGUAUGUACUGCAUCCUUUCUCCUUGCGUAUAAACGAAAGAUCUAGUACUUGGUUUGUCAUA